AUGACUGCGGCACGCUUCGCCUGGCCGGCAGUGCUGCUCUUCCUUGCGUCGUUCGCGGCCCUCGCGCUCGCCGCGGUGGAUCCCGCGAGCUUCAUGGAUGAAGCGAAGGGCAUCGAGGAUUGGCUCGUCGCAGUGCGCCGAGAGUUCCACUCGAUUCCAGAGCUGAUGUACGAGGAGCACAAGACGAGCGCCGCGAUCCGGAAGCACCUCGACGAGCUGGGCAUCAAGUACCAGUUCCCCGUCGCGGGUCAGACGGGCGUCGUGGCAGAAAUCGGCUCAGGCGCACCGAUCGUGGCCCUGCGUGCCGACAUCGACGCGCUCCCGAUCCUCGAGGAGACGGGGGUUGAGUUCAAGAGCCUGACGAACGGCAAGAUGCACGCCUGCGGACACGAUGCGCACAUCACCAUGCUCCUCGGAGCCGCCAAGCUCCUGAAGAGCCACGAGGCGGAUCUGCACGGCACGGUGCGUUUGAUCUUCCAGCCCGCGGAGGAGGGCGGCGCUGGCGGGCAGAAGAUCGUCGAGGAGGGCCACCUCGAGGGCGUGUCCGGGGUGUUCGGGUUCCACGUCUGGCCGGGCCUCCCCAGCGGGCUGGUGGCCACGAGCGAGUCGGCCAUCAUGGCGGGUUCGCGGCAGUUCAACGUGCGCAUCAAAGGGCGCGGAGGGCACGCCGCGAUGCCGCACCUGUCGCGGGACCCUAUCGUUGCGGCCUCGGCGGUGGUGUCGUCGGUGCAGACGCUCGUGGCGCGCGAGCUGAGCCCGCUGAGAUCGGCUGUGGUGUCGGUCACGGCGGUGCACGGCGGCGAGGCGUACAACGUGAUUCCCGACGAAGUGGAGCUGCGGGGGACGAUCCGCGCGCUCGAGGACAAGACGAUGAAGUACAUCAGCAAGCGGUUCCAGGAGGUCGUGCAGGGCAUCGCGAAGGGGCACGACUGCGAGGCUGUGGUGGACUGGCGCGAGGACGAGCACCCGUACUAUCCGCCGACAGUGAACGACGCAGCCAAGGCGAAGUUCGCACUCAACGUGGCUGCGGGGCUCGUCGGCGAGGACAACGUGCGGCUCACGGAGCCGUCCAUGGCCGGGGAGGACUUCGGCUUCCUGACUCAGGCCGUCCCGGGGGCGUUUGUGUGGCUGGGCAUCAAGAACGAGACAGCGGGCGCUCUGCACGGGCUGCACACGCCGCGGUUCACGCUCGACGAGCAGGUGCUACACCGCGGCGCGGCCCUGCACUCCGCGCUUGCCGUGCGGCAUCUGGCGGCCGCAGCGGGCGAUGCCAGCCGCUCCGAGCUGUGA